UGUCAGAAUUCAUAAAAUGGCCUUUCUGGUUCUUCUCCCUUCUUAGUAAUGGACCCUUGUUGGCUGCUACACUCAUUUCUCCAGUGUUUCUUCGCCCGGCAGACUGUUCCUCUCAUUCUUACAGGUAGUUAUAAAGGCCCUGCUCCUUUCUCCCACUUCCUCUCUUCUCACAGCGCCUCUGUGGGCCUAGGCAUUAUGGAGGGAUAGCACAUAUAAGAUGAAAUAUGAAGCAGCAGCUUUGAAACCUGAGCACCCGAACUCGACAGCCUCAACUCAACUCGGCUUAACUCAGCCUCACUGAACCCAAUCUGAGACUCUCUGCUCACUGGGCUUGAUCCUAGAACCCUCUUCAAUUCCAGCUAGAAUGUUGUAUCAGGCACUUCGCAGAUUUGGUCAAAAGCUGGUACGGAGACAUACGCUGGAGCAAUACGUGGCUAAGAUUUCCACUGCCGGAAGGCUGAGCACUCUGGAUAUAGUGGCCUUGGGUGUGGUCAACACAGUGGGUGCAGGUGUGUAUGUCCUGGCUGGUGAGGUAGCCAGUGAUAAAGCAGGACCAUCCAUUGUGAUCUGCUUUUUGGUGGCCGCCCUGUCUUCUGUGUUGGCUGCUCUGUGCUAUGCAGAGUUUAGCGCCCGGGUUCCCCAUUCUGCUUCUGCAUAUCUGUACAACUAUGUCACUGUAGGUGAACUCUGGGCUUUCAUCACUGGCUGGAACCUCAUCCUCUCCUAUGUUACUGGUGCAGCCAGUGUGGCCCGGGCCUGGAGCUUAGCUUUUGACAACCUGAUUGGGAACCAGAUCUCUCAGACCUUGCAUGAGAGCAUCCCACUGAAUAUUCCCCAUGUCUUUGCAGAAUAUCCAGACUUCUUUGCCAUGGGCCUGAUGUUGUUGUUCACCGGACUGCUGGCUGUCAGGGCUAGUGAGUUUGUCUUAGCUACUACAGUGUUCACAGUGGUGAAUGUUUUGGUUCUUGGUUUUGUCAUCAUCUCUGGCUUUCUUAAGGGGAAACUGCACAACUGGCGGCUUACAGAAGAGGACUACAUAAUGACCAUGUUUAGACUCAAUGACACUUCUCCCUUGGGCCCUCUGGGCUAUGGAGGAUUUGUGCCUUUCGGUUUCCAGGGGAUUCUCCGUGGAGCAGCGACCUGUUUCUAUGCAUUUACUGGUUUCGACAGUGUUGUUACCAUUGCCGAAGAAGCCCAAAAUCUCCAGCGUUCUGUCCCCAUGGGCAUUGUGAUUUCAGUGUUCAUCUGCUUUUUGGUGUAUUUUGGGGUCUCUUCAGCACUUACACUUAUGGUGCCUUACUACCAGCUUCAACCUGGGAGCCCCUUGCCUGAGGCAUUUCUCCAUAUUGGCUGGGCCCCUGCCCGCUAUGUCGUGGCUAUUGGAGCCCUCUGUGCUCUUUCUACCAGCAUCUUGGACUCUAUGUUUCUCCUUCGUUGGAUGACCUUCGUCAUGGCAGAUGAUGGCCUCCUGUUCGGUGUCCUUGCCAGGAUAGACUCCAAAACAAGCAUCCCCAUUGUGGCCACUGUGGUCUCGGGCAUUAUCACAGCGUUGAUGACAUCCUUCUUUAGACUCACUGAUCUUGUGGACCUCAUGUCAUUUGGGACCCUGCUUACUUACUCCCUGGUGGCUAUUUGUAUUCUCAUUGUCAGGUAUCAGCCUGAAUUGAAUGAUGAAGAAAAUGAAGCAGAGGCACAGGAGGAGAAUGGGCCUGCAGCAGAGAAGCUGACUCUGUGGAGACUAUUUUGUCCAGGCAGCUCCACCCCCACUCCACUCUCUGGCCGGGUUGUCUAUGUUUGCUUCUCACUGCUUGCUCUGCUCCUCCUUCUUCUUUGCUUGGUGCUGGUCCAGUGGCCAGUUCUACUGCUUUUUGAAAACCCACUGUUGAUUAUAGUGGUUGUGCUACUCCUGAUUCUCAUCACUGGGAUCACUGGGGUCAUCUGGAGACAGCCACAGAGCCCCACUCUCCUUUACUUUAAGGUCCCUGCUCUGCCUUUCCUCCCAAUAAUGAGCGUCUUUAUGAAUAUUUACCUUAUGAUGCAGCUGACACUUGGCACCUGGGCCCUCUUUGGUGUCUGGAUGCUGAUUGGGUUUGCUAUCUACUUUGGCUAUGGGAUCCACCAUGCAUGCAGGAUUAACCCCACUUGAGUUAGGACCAGAAUUGUGGACCUUGAACUCUGCGGUGCCUGUACAUAUUCGAUUUUACAUCAUCACACCUGGAUGCUGUCUGGUUUCCUUGCACAAUAAUGGAGGGUACUUUGGAGCACAACAUCCAUGGGAUAUUGAUGGGGAAACACUAAUAGAGCUCUGUAUGUAUUGUGAAGGAUGUGUCUUUGCUCUUUCUCGUCUUUAAAAAAAGUUUGUUUUUUUUUUAACUUAUCUGCUUUUCAAUUGUGUCUGUAACUGUUUACUGGUUUUAAGAAGUUAUUAUUAAAAGAAACUAGAAAAAGUGUUUUUGUUUUUUUUUGGGUAAAUACCCAGUAGUGGAAUUACUGGAUCAUAUGGUAAUUCUAUUUUUAAUUUUUUAAGGAACCUCCAUACUGGCUCAAUAGUGGCUGCACCAACAGCCACCAACAGCACAUGAUGGUUCCUUUUUCUCCACAUCCUCACCAACACUUGUUAUUUUUUUGUCUUUUUGGUUUUAGCCAUUCUGACAGGUGUAAAGUGAUAACUCAUUGUAGUUUUAAAUUGCAUUUCCCUGAUAAUUAGUGAUGCUGAGCAUCUUUUCGUGUGUCUGUUGGCCAUCUGUAUGUCUUCUUUGGAGAAAUGUCAAUUCAGGUCCUCUGCCCAUUUUUAAAUUGGAUUAUUUGUUUUUUGUGUGUGUUGAAUUGUGUAAGUUCUUUAUGUAUUUUAGAUAUUAACCCCUUAUUGGAUAUAUCAUUUGUGAAUAUCUUCUCCCAUUCAAUAGGUUGCCUUUUUGUUUUGUUGAUGGUUUCCUUUGCUAUGCAAAAGCUUUUCACUUUCACUAAUUUGAAAAGAUACAUGCACCCCUAUUUUUAUUGCAGUGCUAUCGACAAUAGCCUGGAUAUGGAAGCAACCCAUCCAUUGAUAGAUGAAAGAAUAAAGUUGUGACACACACACACACACACACACACACACAAUGGGAUACUACUCAUCCAUAAAAGAGA